AUGGCUCUUGCGUUUUUGAACCUAAAAUCCUUUCACCCUCUCAACAAACAAAAUCAGAGAAAGAAAUGGAUUGCGGAACAACAAUAUUUAACCAAGAAAAAGAAAGAGGAGCAAAGGAGGAAAGAAUUAGAACAAGAACAAGAAUUAUACAAAGAUGAUCAGGUUACAACAGCAAAGACUUCGUCUCGGAAAGGAAAUAAGAAUAUUGAGAAUAAUAUUGCUUGGAAACAGACAACGGAAUUGCAAUCCGAGAUGAAGAGAAGAAAGCAAAUGCUAAAACAAAAAAUUGUAAAUAUCGAUGAUCAACAACAAGUAACAAAAGAAACGGCAAACAAACAAGUUGAACAGAAUCAGCCAUUGGAAUUUGUCAAACCAUCAACCAAGCCAACGGCAUCAUCAUCAACUAUUUCUGCAGAUACAACUCCUGAAUUUUCUGAUUUUGUUCGAGGAUCCGACACUCAAAUCAAGAAGAAAUCUCGAAGAGGAGGAAGAAAGCGUGGAAAUAAUAACGACGAUACAGCUUCAAUCAGUCAUGGAAAUGUCAAAUCGGUGGCUUUUCUGUAUCAACUUCCUCCUGGUCUAAAAGAUUCAUUGGAGAGGGAAAAGAAGCAGAAGGAACGGGAGGAGCAAGAACGAAAAGAAAGAGAGGAACGAAAUAGAAAUAUUAUUCGAGUAAAAGCUGCACAUGGCUCUUCUGAAGGCCUCAACUCAAUUCAAGACUUUAUGAAAAUUGACACAAAAAAGAGUGAUGAAAAUUUGUCAUCAGCUGCGGCCAUAGAAAAUCCUAAAGAUGAACAUCUUACUAAUGAUACUAAAGAAGAAGAAUCAAAAUCAGAAAAGAAGUACAUUCCCAAAGAUCAGUUGUCUGAUGUUGAAAAAUUCCCAUUCCUUAAACAUGCUCCAACAGAAGGAUCCUACACAGAAUUUGUAAAAGUGAAACACAAGCCUUUUGGUAUUGAGCUUAGAAAUGUAAAGUGUACAAAAUGCGGACAAUUUGGUCACACCAAUGUUGACAGAGAGUGUCCAUUGUUUGGGAUUAGUAGAGUGGAUUCUGAUAUUGUAGCUAGGGAAGAUCCACUUUUGCAAAUGCAACAAAUUAGUGACUUGAUGACUACAGAUCAUGAAGCUUCAGUGCAAAACAAUGACGACGUGUUUGAAGAUUAUUUUACCAAGGAUGACACAAGUCCUGAAGAAAUUUAUGAAGUGUUAGUGACCAUGUGUAAAGAAGAUAAGAAAAAGCUCUUCAAAAAGUACAAAAAGCUGAAGUCCAAACUCAAGAAGAGAAGGAAGAAAGCUGAGGAGACAGCAACAGCAUCCUCCACUAAAAAAGCCAAACUGAAGUAA